CCCCACGCAAACACCCCUCCAUUCUCUCUUUCUUAUAUUUCUCUCACCGCAACAAAACCUUCUUGUAUAAACAUCUUACUUCUGUUUUUGCAGCGCACCCUCCCUCAAUACCCUUACCUACCUACCCCUACGAUCUCCAACUAUGGCGACCGAUCUCAAGACCCUGGCGCCGUCCGAGGCCCAUUACUUCAACAGUUACAACCACCAUGGCAUUCACGAGGAGAUGUUGAAAGAUGAGGUCCGAACCAGGUCAUACAUGAACGCUAUUGUGCAGAACAAGCACCUGUUCAAGGACAAGGUUGUGCUCGAUGUCGGCUGUGGAACUGGUAUUCUCAGCAUGUUCGCCGCCAAGGCUGGCGCAAAGCACGUUAUCGGUGUCGAUAUGUCUACGAUUAUUGGCAAGGCAAAGGAGAUUGUCGAGGUCAACGGCCUGACCGACAAGAUCACUCUCUUACAAGGAAAGAUGGAGGAUGUUGUGCUCCCAUUUGACAAGGUUGACAUCAUCAUCUCUGAGUGGAUGGGAUACUUCCUUCUCUACGAGUCCAUGCUGGACACCGUCCUCUGGGCCAGAGACAAGUACCUCGUUCCCAACGGACUGAUCUUCCCCGACAAGGCCACCAUCUUCAUGGCUGGCAUUGAGGACGGUGAGUACAAGGAUGAGAAGAUUGGCUUCUGGGACAACGUCUACGGAUUCGACUACUCUCCCCUCAAGAAGACCGCCCUCACUGAGCCCCUCGUCGACACCGUCGAGAUCAAGGCCGUCGUCACCGACCCCACCGCCGUCCUCACCCUCGAUCUCUACACCUGCACCGUCGCCGACCUUGCUUUCACCUCCCCCUUCGUCCUCGAGGCCCGCCGCGAUGACUUCGUCCACGCCCUUAUCGCGUGGUUCGAUAUCGACUUCACCGCCUGCCACAAGGCCAUCCGCUUCUCCACCGGCCCACACACCAAGUACACUCACUGGAAGCAGACCGUCUUCUACCUGCGUGAGGUCCUUACCGUGCAGCAAGGCGAGAAGAUCAAGGGCGUCCUCACCAACAAGCCCAACGAGCAGAACCCGCGUGACCUCGACGUCAAGAUCUCGUACAAGCUCGAGACUGAGGACGUCACGAGGACGGCCGAGGGCGCCUGCGAGUACAAGAUGUGUUAGAGGGGGUGUUUAGUGGUGUUUUGGGACGGCACCUAGCAGCUUAGAGCGCGGACCGUUCCCACUUGAUCUAUGUGUUUUUUUUAUUUUGCGGAAUGUGGAUGGAUGAAUGAAUGCGUUUUGUUAUUUAGAUUGGCGUUCAGAUGGGCCGGGCAUAGGGAUAGCUCCUACUUAUGAUGCAUAGUUACGGUACGACAUAAUGUCACGAACCAGACUCGCGGUUGCAUAUAAUAGUCGACGCAGCCUGAAAAGCGUCUUGACUGACCAUUGAGUCGGAUUAGAAGGAAUAUAAAUGAUUGAUCUAAAAAUAAA